AUUCCUCAAUAUGCCCAAGCCCACACGCACCACCGUAGCCGUCGCGAUCGCCUUUGUCGUCGUCGCUGCGUACGGCGCCUGCGUCGUCGCCCUCGACGCCUCCAUGUACGGCGCACUCAUCGUGAUGCCGCAUGCCAUUGGCGCAGCGAUUACUGCGAUCGUAAUUGCGGCGCUGGGUCUCAUGCACCUCGUCUGGACGCGCUUGGUACCGUCACCCACGUUUUGCCUUGUGCUUUUGAUCCUCGAGGUCGUCUGCGCCAGCGUGCUUUUGGGUUUGGCCGUCAACGGUGUUGCCAAGACAACGAGCGCAAUCGAGACCGCACCAGCGCUCACGACGUACCAGCACCGCAUGGAAACCUUCUUCGCCUCGGACAAGGCGCCACAGUUCAACUACACCGACAGCCUCUGGAGUUCUAACGCAUUUCAUGGUCCGUCAAAUCCAAUGUACCGCAACUACGACGAUGCAGCCGUCGCGAUCGCGUCGGGUGUUGCGCUGUUUUGCUUGCUUUUGCUGGCUGCGCGCGUGUGGGUCGUCCGCCGCGCCAAGAAAUACCAGGAUGCGCUUCGGGACGCCACCGUGCAAUCCCCCGUCGACAACGCAUAGGUGUCUAGCUGGGUGUAUAGUCCUCUAUGUAUAAGCACAUGUUUUUGCUACAUGCG